AUGUCUGCGGACCCAGACAAUUCUCUGGGGUUGACCACCAGUCCGAUAAGAAAUUCGUUGCCCCUCAUCUCAGAACGACUUGAAAAAUAUCGACAGCUAGUUGUUUUCAUGGAGGCCUAUAUUCACGAUCACUUGAGUAUUGUCACCACAAACAUCAAAUCACACGAGAGGCUGCGUAAAAGUACUUCUAUUGAUUCGGUAGUAAGGUUUGAAACUGAUCCAGAGGGCUCCAUGCCAGUCACUGAGACAUCGGGAAUUGAGCACGCUGGGUCUCAUGACCACGAUAUUAACACCUUUUUCCGCCUUUUACAAGAUCAGACGGAAUCACUGAUCAAGCAAAUGGGCCUUGCAGAGACUACCAUGAAAAGUCAAGUCAUUCCACAACUGAAGGGACUUCAAUCGUCGAUAAGUACGAAGCAAAAAGAGUUCAGUCAUUUGUGUCACAAGCAUGAAAAGGAAUACAAGCUGGCAUUACAACAAACCACGAAGGAACUGGAACACUUUGAGUUAUCUAUUACGAAGUCCGAAAUGUUGCCCGAAAAUGCAAAACUGGAUUUUCGUCAUGACCCUUAUUUCAAUAAGAGAAUACUCAUGUCUCAGGCAGACGCACAGCUUCAGUCGGAGCAAAAGUUUUUGAAUUUUAUACAAAAUAGUGAAACUGACUUGAGAUUAGCCGAAAUCCAAACUACUCAGGAGUUGAAGCACAUUUUCGAGUUAUUCUCAUCAACUUUGGUCCACCUUCAUGGAGACUACAGUAAAAGCUUUCAAAUGCUAAAUACACAUUUCCAAGAUAUCCCAAAUGAUCUUGAAUGGUCACGAUUUCUCAAAGUAUACGACAACAAACUAGCCUCAACAUCAGAAACUUUGCAUGACUUAUCACAUCCCUCUUCGAACCGAAACCACAUCCCUGAACCGCAUGCAAGAAACCUUGAAACUGUGACUUUUCCAAAUAGACAGCAUUUCUCAACAGUUCCCAUAUUGGAAGGAGUUUUGGCAAGAAAGGAUGGAAAGCUUACUUCGAAGAUGUCAUCACACUAUUAUGUUAUCACCAAGAAUCGAUUUCUCUUCGAAUUCAAUUCCAGGGUGUGCUCGAACACCCAACCAAAUCAUGUAUUUUUCCUACCUGAAUGCACUGUCAAGGAUUUAGUCGACUCAGGGCCCUACCGAUUCAAACUUCAUGGCAAAGAUUUAUCAUCGGCCUUCAUUAAGAGCUCUAAAACACUGGUGUUGGAGGCAUCCUCUGAAGACGAACUGAAGACUUGGUACAAUGUCCUGAGCGAGCUGACAGGUUUGAUGUAUUCAAGCCAAGAAUCUCGAGAUUCGGACUAG